AUGCCUGCUAAAGAGUUGGAACAUCAGACCUCGACCGGAAUCGCUGAGAAGCAACGAUAUCCCGGUCUACCUCGUUGCGGUCAGCUCUGUCUCAUGGAAGCCGGCGAGCGGGUGGCAAAACGGGUAGUUGUUUUGGUGUCGCAGAGAAGCUCUCACUGGGACGCGGCAUGGACAUGCCCCGGAGAAGUGGUUGCGGUCGCAUUAUCGCUCACACAGCAGAGAGGACUGCUUCCACAAAGCAUUCGAGAGGACCCAUCAGCGACCCGGCUCUUAGCAACGGAAAAAUGGGAUCGUCGGAUCUUCAUUGUCUUUGACGUCUAUCACGACACGUAUGACCCUAGCCGAGCUCACCUGGAUGGCCAAGGUAACCUGCCUGUGAUUGAGGUUUACUUGAGCCGGAAGGAAAUUGCAAGAGUGGCGGGCACGCCGACUGCGAAUAGAGUUAAUCGCGACAUCAGAGCCAUCCACAAAUCGACCGGCCUGGGUAGUCGACCGCCCUUCAAUGUUGACCACAGUGACGGAAAGGUGCCAUUCUACAACAACCCCCGAUCUUAG